AUGGCAACAUUAGUUUUCAAUGGAAGAGUCGAUGGUUAUGAAUUAAACUAUAGAAGCGAUGGUAAUGCUACAUAUACUUUGAAUGGUUCUCUUUUAUGGACUCAAAAAUGGAUGUCAACUUGGUCAGAUUACUUAAUGUUUAAGACAAGUGAUGGUAGAGUUUGUUUAGUAUCUUAUAUGGAUGUAAAUGGAUUUAUUUCCGGUGACAUCUUGACAAACACUGGUUUCACACCAUUGUUGCGUGCAGCACUAGCUACAAACUUGGACUUUCAAUAUUUCCAAGAGUUUUCCAAUCAAAAGGAUGUGAUGGUCGCUCUCGAUAAGAAUGGUGAUCGUAAAUACUAUACCAUAGAUAUUGCCGGUUCUAAACUCACUGAGUUCACACCGUGCUGCAGUGCCACUACAGAGCUCUUCAAGAAAUUCAUGAGCUUGGAGAAGCGUUUGACAGCAAUCGAGAGCACCAAGGUGACCACUCAAGUUGUCAAGGUUCCAACUCAUGGUAAUGGUAUUUCCUCUGCCGAUUGGACACCAAUUCCAGGUUCUCAAGCCACUAUUGUCAUCAGUCGUCCAAGCAAGGUUGUUGCCAUUGUACAAUUCCACUCGAAUAUUGUAUACAACGAUGGUACCGUCAGUUUGGAUGUUACAUCGGCAUUAAAUGGUAACAUUAUGACAAAUGGUGGAUUAAAUGAUGCUCAAUGGCCAGUAGGUACCUCUAUUAGCCAGGUUCCAGCUUGGGUUAAUGGUGUCUCGGUAACAUCUGACCUUUUACAACCAGGAUUCUAUAAUUAUGAUAUUCGUGCGAGAUUACGUUUUUCUAAAGGACACACUGGUUCGGUUAAUGGUCCAGGUGCUAUAAUAUUCAUCAUGCCAUUAGAUGACUCCUUAAGGCGUACUCGUGCUUCCUUAGCACUCACUCAGCCAAGAAUCUCCUACAAACUAUUCCUAAGUUCGAUGGAAGAUCCGGUGAUCUGCUUUCACAUUUUCGCAUUAUUGAGCGUAUCGUUCCUAUUCCAAAAGAGUUCUUUUUAA